AUGUCUAGCAAGUAACUGUAAGGAGGUUGCCAUAGUAACAGUAAACAAGUUAACACCGGCGCAUCGGGGAUACCUGUGGUGAAACUCGGUACAAGGUUAAUAGAGCAGUCCCAAAGCUGCAAGACAGUGGGAGCUAAUGAAACACAUGAAAUGGUUUCCCUGAGGAAGAAGAGUUGAUGUCAACAUGAAGGCCACCGAUUCUGCCAAUGCUGUAAUCCUGAACCUAGAGAAACUGGAGGAUGGCAAGGAACACAAUUCUCCUGAGAUCAAAGUGGGAUUACCCGACAUCAACCCAGGCAGAGUGAAGUUAGCCAAGAGUUUGGUGGAGAAGGCAAUUAAGAUGCACAAGAUAUUCACCAUCCAAGGCCCGUAUCCUGUCAUCAGGGCAGCUUUGAAGGCCAGAGGCUGGAUUGAACAACGAAUGCCGCAGCAGGUCCAGCAGCGUCUGAACAGUGACAGCAGAUCGAAUGAUGCGGAAGAAGACAACUCAGAGGAAACUGAAAAAGAGAAGGAGCCAGAUAGACUGCACAGUCUCAUGUCUCGCCUUGUGCGGAACGAGAUGGUUUAUUUCUACUGGACAAACCGUAGAGACGCAAUCAGCACAAACAACUUGCAGAAAGAACAGAUUAUCAAUCAUUUUGCUAAAGCAGGCAGUUUCACCACAAAGGCGGGGUUGUGUGUGAACUUAAGGAACCUCCACUGGUUUGACACGGCUGACCCAGACAGCUUCUUCCCCCGCUGUUACAAACUCGCAGCCCAGGAUGAGAAGCACGCUUUCAUUGAGGACUACAGGCGGACUGCGUGCACUAGUCUACUGAAAUAUGUUGUGGAAAAGGACCAGAACAUUCAGUGGAACGAAAUAUAUCAGAACUUUCAGGAUGUUCAGUGGCUGAAGAAACAGAACAAACUCAGGUGUAAACCACUGGUCCCUUCCGAAACGGUUACUACUGCGCUCAAAGUAUGCCAGGAAUACCUGGAGAGUCUGGAGCACGGAGACAUCGACAAAAGCCUGGAAACACUACUGACACAGGAGCAGUGGGAAGGGUUUCUUAACAGUUAUUAUCUUGUUGCUCAUGGCGGAGCUCAUAUUGAGAAAAGUGAAAAUUUCGUUAGCUCCUGCAAGGCCAUGCUGCAGAAACUUGAGAAAGUUAGCCCACAGCUGGGCAUAGAUGGCACACAAAAUAUCUGGAUCGUCAAACCUGGGGCAAAGUCCAGGGGCAGAGGUAUCAAAUGUGAAAAGCGUCUUGAUCAGAUCCUCAGGCUAGUGAACAUAGACCCAAUGCUUAUCAAGGAAAGCAAGUGGGUGGUGCAAAAGUACAUCGAGAAACCCUUUCUGGUCCACGACACCAAGUUUGACGUGCGCCAGUGGUUUCUGGUCACUGACUGGAACCCUCUGACUGUGUGGUUCUACAAAAAGUGCUAUUUGCGCUUUUCCACCCAGCCGUACUCAUUAGAUACACUGGACAGCUCGGUGCACUUGUGCAAUAACUCCAUCCAGAAGCACCUGAGGCCCUCUCAUCAACGCCAUCACUGCAUUCCACCACACAACAUGUGGUUGGAUGACCAGUUCAAGGCCUUUCUGGCCAGCCAGGGCAAGGAAGCUCUUUGGGAGAGUGUUGUAGUCCUAGGAAUGAAGGCAGCCGUGAUCCACGCACUGAAGACAGCACAGGAUCUGAUAGAGUCUCGCAAGAACACAUUUGAGCUUUAUGGCGCUGAUUUUAUGUUAGACCUCAGCCUGCAACCAUGGUUAAUAGAAAUCAACGCUAGCCCCACAAUGGCACCCUCAACCUGUGUGACCGCCCAGCUCUGCACUGCUGUGCAGGAGGACACAUUACGAGUGGUUCUGGACCGCAGAGUGGACCGUUCCGCAAACACUGGGGACUUUCAGCUCAUAUAUAGGCAGGCGGCGGUAGAAGUCCCACAGUACUUGGGGAUCAACCUGGUUGUUGAGGGCUUUGCUGUUAAAAACCCAUGUGUUUUUCCUCCACUGAAAUCUUCCCAAUUGUCAUCUUCAAAACGGGGGGGUGCAGUCAAAGAAAAGGAAUCUGCACCAGAGAAGGUUCAGCCUCUGCCGAAGGUUAUCCAAAAGGCACAAGAGAACAAGACCAGCAGCAGCGAAGCAUCUCCUGCUCUUCCUCCAGAACCUUCAAUCUCCAGAGUCGCAAUUCAUCUGCCAGUGACAGUUCUUUCAGUUGAUGGAGGCUCUAACUUUGAGCAUUUCUCAAAGAAACAUGCAGAGGUAUUAAAAGUUCAGCCAACAACAGCAACAGAGAAAAAGCAAGCUUCUUUGCGCCUGGUGAUGUUCAACUCAAACAGCCCAGUAAAAUAGCCAGCAGCCCUAUAAGUGCCUAAAAUAUCUUCCAUAAAGGGAUUUUAUUUCCCUUAAAAUAAAAUCUGGGAUUUGGCAU